AUGGCAGACGGAGGACGCGAGCCGACUAACAAGGAUCUUAUGGAUUGCAUGAACGCAUUAGGCGUUAGAAUAGGAGCCAUGGAGCGUAAGCUCGGUGUCCUCGAUAACCUGGAGGUAAAAGUUAUGGACUUUGACAAAGAGCUCAAGAAAAUUUGGUUGGCGUUGGACGACCGCGUAAAACGCACCGAUGCGCGAGUUAUGUCGCUAGAAGAGCUAGUGGAUUACGCAGACGUCGGGGCGGCGCAGAUGGCCGAGAAGGUGGCUAUGCUGGAGAAACAGCGGGAGGAGCUGCGGGACGACGUUGCGUACCUGAAGUCGCAAUCCAUGCGGAACAACCUAGUGUUCACAAAUAUCCAAGAGGACAACUCCACCGGCAUCGAGACGGCGGAAAUUACGGAAACAAAGUUACGUAAUCAUUUACAAGAGAAACUAAAAAUUGCAAAGGACAUUGCAGACACGAUCCGCUUUGAGCGCGUUUAUCGUUCACCGGGACAGCCAGUUUCCGGUAAGAUUCGCAACAUCGUUGCCAAAUUUACAUUUUUCAAGGACCGGGAGAUGGUACGGAGAGAAUGGAAACACCUGUCAGGAACCGGAUGCCAAAUGUUUGAACAGUUCCCACCGGAAGUGGUUGAAAAGCGCCGAAAGUUAGUGCCUAAAAUGAAGGACGCCACAAAAGAGGGAAAACGAUCUUGGAUCGUGUACGAUACCCUGUACGUGGACGGUAAACCAGUGAAACAGUAG